AUGAAAUACGAUGUGAAGAUCUUUUGUCUCAGUCAGCAGAUAUGAUUAUACAUUUUCCUUGCUUUUCAGCUACUAUUAAUUUCAUUAUCCAUUGGCAGUGUUUUUACAGACCAUUGAGUUAAACAAGGCAGAGACAGUUCUAAAUGGCAAGGAGGAAUUUCAAGCUGUACGAGUGGCCCAGCGGAAUGAAAAGGGAAAACUUAUGCGACUCUUGCUGAAAAUCUGUGUGACAAGGAUGACGAUUUAGAUAAAGCCAUGUGCUAUACUUUUGAGCAUUUAAGGGACGCUGGGCUUUCUUUUAUUAUUUUGGAAAUAUGCACAAUUUUAUUUACGUGCACUUGGCUAAUUGUUUUGCUUUUUAUUUUAUUCGGGAAUAAGACAAUAAAGGCGUGACUGCAAGUUAUUUUCCCAAUAUUUGGGCUAGGAAGUCACAUAAUUGGACUGAUUUUAUGAAAUACAGUUGCGCACUCAAGCUUUGGAGCAGAUUGCGAAAAAGAUGUCAAAGGCGAUAACCCUCCUGACCUCUGCUGUACCGAUGGCCCAGCAAUAGCUAAACCUAAUUGCAAAGAUAAAAGCAAUCCUUCUCGUAGCAGCUAUCCUAUUUUAUAUAAUAAAUGAGAUAACGACUAAUUUUUAAGAAUCCCAUUCGUUGUAAUUAGGUCUAUCUCCUUAUGUAUAAUAUACGGAUUGUCAAUAACUCUCUAUUUUAUAUUAAUAUAUUACCAAUCCAAACAAACAGAAGAAGAAACGCCCAUUCCGGACUUAAUGUCUCAAAGAUACGAAGGCCGGCACAAAUGGAAUAGCAGUGCUAAAUAUUCAAUGGAGCUUGAAAUGCACUCAGAAGAGAGCAAAGACGAAGGCUAA